AUGCACGGUAACCUUGUCAUCAUCUCCCUACUACUUGCUCGCUUUGCGACCAGCUCACCGACCUCGGUCAACACUCGAGGAUUCACUCCCGGCAGAUGCAAUCUCCACGUCACUCAGUGGUACAAGAACAAGAACGAAGUCGGAAAUGCCUAUCAGUUUGACGUCUGUAUUACCGACACCAACGGUACUACCGUUGGUCGCGUAAUUAGACUGCCUAUCGAAGACUUUCAGUCUUCUGCCAUAACAAGCGAAUUGCCAUAUACCGUCAUCAUCGGAACUGGUGUCGUGGACACCGACCCAGUUCAAUUCGCCUAUGCAGGGUAUGGGUUCUCCACGUCUCGUGGGUGCAGCAGUGUCCCUGGGGCUGAAAACCGCACUAUAGAGUGUGGCUUCAACUGCUGA